GGGCCGACCCUCGUAACCGGGAGUCCUCAGGCAGUCCCCAGGAGGAGUGUAGAUGACGGCCUCAUUCCCAAGUUAGCGGGCGCAGACUUGACGCCCGACCGUCUUCCCCAUAUGCAGCUGGUAAACAUAGAGGUUCACGUGGAGGAUGCUGCGGCUGCAACGAUGAAUCGUCCUCAUGGCAACUACAGUAGCGAUAGUUGUCGCACUGAACCGAUUGAGACUGCGGCUGAUAGUCCGAAAGAAUCCAAUGCUGACGGCUCCAACAGCGGCCUUGCACUCUGCCCUGCCGCCUUCAAGACAACAGCGGGCCAUCUGGCGCCAGUAGAAGAGAUCUCCGGCUACGCGACCAGCAAUGAAGUAGAGACCUCAGCAAGUGACGCCCGCGGUUCACUAUCCAGAACCUCACAAGAGAAGGCAUCAGGCAGGGGAAAGCGUGUUAAGCAGACGUUCCGAGGGGACAAUUCGAUGUCAAAAGCAGAAAAAAGCAUUAACCCCGUGAUUGGAAUCGUGUCUGCGCUUCUGCCCGGGCGGAAUGUUAAGCGGAGGAGCAUAUGGGAACUGCGUCAGAAGUAUCCCAGGCUGUCGAAACACUCACAGUCUAUUAGUUCAACCAGUGACGCUCUCGUUCAGAAGGAAACCAAGUUGAAAAGGGCAGCAUGGAAGGACAAAAACGGGACUGGUAGAAGCGAUGAAUCCAGUGAUGAUUUUACUCACUUCCACAAGGUGGUUCUUCAGGAGGCAAUGCAGAAUACCAAAGUGACAGUCGAGGACCGACGCAGGUCUUCGGGUCAGCCUCGUCCUAUCUUGACCACGCUGAUUGACACACCAACUACUGUGACCAUCUCAUUCGCUCGAAACGCAAUGGAAGUCGCCAUUGGCAUUGACGUUAACGCUGUUAAGGUAGAUAAGCCGGGUUCUGGGAACAAAAGUGCGACACCGUCAGAAGCGCACGUACCUCUUCCGAUAAAACAACGAAUGGUGUAG